CAUCGUAUUUACCGUUUUUGGACACUUAUAGCUAUUGCUAAAGACAUCAAUAAUUAAGCAUUUUAACGAUAAGUAUAUGUGAAGCCAGUUAUCGGGGUGGGAGAGACAGAAAUCGGCAAACCUAAGGGUCCAGCAGAUACACACAGCAGCCUGUCAGCUGUCACUCGGCGCGGAGGAGGCCGUGAGGACCCCUGUAGAGAAGGACCCCUACAGGCACUCCCAUCCCCAGCCAACCGACAGGCCACCGGACCACAGUGACCUGCUGAGUGCUGACCCACCUCUGACAGUCCUCCAACAGACACUGGACCACCAGAUUGACAGGCGACAGCCGACCUCAGACAGAUCACCCUCGGACGGUGCAGACACUCCCCCAGCCAGCACUGGCGGCCCUGCUCCCCCAGCCGUCCCCUGGACACAGCCAUCACCCGCCUGAGGAUUGGCCACACCCGCCUCAACGCCCACCUGCACAGACUGAACAUAGUCCAGGACCCUCACUGCCAAUGGUCCCCCACACAACCUGACACACCAGAACACCUCCUGCUCCACUGCCCAAGAUUCCACUCCCUCCCUACCAGCCUCAAAGCAUCCCUGACUCCACAUUCACAGGCCAACCCUAGAGGACCUGCUGGGUAGCGAUACCCUCGGCCCCAACACAGCCUUCCAAGCCCUCAAGUGUACGCAAACCUUCCUGCAGAAGUCAAGGCAACUCGACAGGAUCUAAUCCCAACUUUGGUGACAGAACGACAAACUUAAAACACCUGAUAGCAUCUAACACUGCCGGGGCUCUGGAGGCCAUGGUCCCUCAGCCUAACUAGCCCCAUAAAACACUCCAAAAGAAGAAGAAAGGCACUCCAGGAGAUGAAGAAGGGCAUUCAUGAGGAAGCCAAGUGGUCAUCAUCGCAACAGUAGAGUGCCUCAGAAUCUCCCAACAGCUGUGCUUCCUGCCAGACCACUGAAAAGGUUGACCCCAUUGUAUUGAUGGGAUAACAGACCCACGAAAACACUGAAGAAGAGAGAAGAUAACGAGGAUGGGUUUCUUUGAUUGCUGCUCGGCCUUCCUCACCAACCUCCCGGACCCUGCCGUGCCCCUCCUGCCCUCCCUCUUCCUCGGCACCUCCUUCGCCUCCGUCAUCCUCCUCUGCCUCUACAAGAAGGAGACUAAUCUGCCGCUCAGGGAUAUCCUCUUCCACGCCGCCAGGAAUGUGUUCUGCUCCCUCCCGGACAACAGUGAGGGUGCGGCUGGCCACUCAGACUCCGAGCGCUGCGACAGUGUGGAGUGCGUGAGGUGCAAGCGACACGAGGUACUUCGGCAGCAGGUCAGGGCCAGGUGGAGGACAUGGAAGAAGGGCAAGGUGGACUUGGGGCCGCUGAAACGUGUGGAGGAGGCUGUCAGCAGGCUGGAGAAGGGAAGACAGGGGGAGAAAUUGGAGGGGAAAGAAGAAGGGAAGCUCAAGGAAGAGAGUGAAGGAAAAGUGAAGAACAGAGGGAAGGGCAGCAAAGUGAGUCCUCCCAGCAAGAACAAGAAAGAAGGAGGAAAUAAGGAAUCGUCAGGGAAGGCAGAGUCCCCGCAGAGUUCACAGAGCCCCACAAUAUUCCACAUGGAGUUGGCGGCCAAUCCUAACUGGACGGACUUUGAGGUGCAUACCAAUGACCAAAAACUGCUGAAACUCAACCUGGAGAUAAUACAGAAAGAGUUUGGUGCGGUCUUUGAUGCCCUCAAGUCCGGCGACAACAGCGGCUGGAAGAACAACAACAUCCCGCAGGGCCACUGGUGCAUCUUCCCCUUCGUCAACCAGGGCAAGAUCGUCGCCCAAAACUGCCGGCGGUGUCCUGGGGUGGCCGAGCUGGUCCUUGGCUGUCUGCCGGCGAUGAUGAAUGACUGUGUGUUCGGCAACGCUGCGUUCUCCAUCCUCUACCCAAACUCACACAUCGCACCACACUGUGGACCCACCAACCUGCGCCUUCGCUGCCACCUCGGCCUGCGUGUGCCUCCUGAGUGCUGGCUGGAGGUGGCCGGGCAGCAGCAUCGUUGGGGUGUCGGCAAGACCUUACUCUUCGAUGACUCCUUCACCCACUCAGCAUACUUUGGCAGUCGUCCGAGUGCUGCCCAGUGUGAGCCCCGUGCCAUCCUGCUGCUGGACUUUUGGCACCCCGACGUGAGUGACGAGGAGAAGGUGUGCCUCUUGGACCUGCUGGCACCACUGGACUGAGCUGAGUCAUGGCUGGUUUUGUAAUUGAUUGAUUUUUGUUUUGUUUUACAUCGAUUGUGUGUUAAAGCCUACCGCACAAGAAGGCUGUGUCUCCUAAAUAUAAGUGUGUGUUGAUGGCCAGCACAAACUCAUUAGUAUUCCAGGUGGAUGUUUAUACUAAUGCCACAAAGAGUUGGGCAGCUUUCUCAGUAUUUGUUUUCCCACCAUGACCGGUAACUUGUGCUGGGAGAGAUAUAGAAGAGGAUAUGAAGUCAUGAGAUCAGGGGCUUAUCCUUUGGGGGAUGAGAAAUAUUUAGAAGGGAACAGGAUUUAGUUCAUGGCAAAGCUCUAGGAAGAUUCAGUUGAGUGGGUACAGAGCUGCAGGGGAGGCAGUGUUAGGCUUGCAGGAGCUUGUAGCUGUGUAUGCUGAAUGACUGCUCUCUGGGAAACUAAUUGUAUUCUUGUGGUAUUAAGGGUAACCCAGUACUUAGUCAAGGGGAGGGGCAUGGAAGGAUAGGGUAGGGAGUGUAGUCAGAGAAGGGAUGAGGCAAAAAUAAGAGGAGGCAGCACUUGUAGGACCCAUUAAAGUUUUGGGUUAAAUAGUUGUUAAGCGAGACACCAGACUUAGUCAAGGGGAGGGGCAUGGAAGGAUAGGGUAGGGAGUGUAGUCAGAGAAGGGAUGAGGCAAAAAUAAGAGAAGGCAGCACUUGUAGGAUCCAUUAAUGUUUUGGGUUAAAUAAAAACUAAGGAAGAAACCGGACUCAGUCAAGGAGAGGAACAUUAAGAGAUAGAGUAGGGAGUGUAGGCAGGGAAGGGAUGGGGCAAAAAUAAGAGAAGGCAGCACUUGUGGGACCCAUUAAUGUUUUGGAUUAAAUAUUUGGUAAGGGAGAAACAGGACUUUUAGUCAAGGGAUACAGUAGUAGAGACAUAGGGAGAAAGAGCUUUAGAAGGGAAGUGAUGGAUAGAAAUAAUAGAUGACAGUGCAGGUAAACUAAUUAAAGUUUUUGAUUACCAGUAUACGUAUAGUUUGGUAUACAGUUACCUAUGUUUAUGUAUAGCUGAGUUAUUCUUCUGUUAGUCAAUGGUGAGCCUGUAUAUGCAUGUUAAAUAGAUAUGUAUACUGAAUUGUACUUACAAGAUUAAAAAAAAGUAUAUGUUCAUUAGAUGCCAACAGUGAAUUAUGUAUAUUAGAUUUUAGUAAUAAUAAGGAUGAUUAGUGCAAAUACUAUGUUGUCAAAUACUAGAGGUCAGAUAUUAAUUCUAAUGAGUUUGAGGGAAGAUAAAGUGGAACAGUGAUCAGAUUUCAGUAAUAUAAUGAUAUAGUGAAUGUUGUUGAAUAGUGGUCAGAUCGUUCUAAUAAUGAGGAGGAGCAGAGAUAGUGUGGAGAGUGCUCGGAUUUCAUUAAUUAAAAUAGUGUGUUGUCAAAUAGUGGUCAAAUUUUACUAACAAUAAUAAUACAGAUGAGUGCUGGUAACACUGAACAGAGGAGGAGGGAGGACAGGAAGAGAACCUUGAGGGAGAACUGAAAAGAGGAAGGGAAGCUCAAAGAAGAGAGAGAAGAAAAUUUAAAGGUAGAAGGAAUGGCAUCAAUGUGAGUCCUUCCAAUAGGUACAAAUGUAUGGGCUGACUAGGCUCACCAGGACCUGUCAGUGGCUUGAAAACACACUACUAUAGUCCUUGGUUGUGGUCCUGUACACACCAGUUUGAUCUCAGUGUGUUCGUGCUUAGGGCAGUGUCUGAGUGCUGGCAGCUUCUGUAUCAUGAUGAGUGCUGGUGUGUGGGGUGUACUAUGAGCUACAUGAGAUGUAUGGGGGAUUUUAAAUUAAAGGAAACUGAUUGUAGAGCAGCAUCUUACUUCCAGUGACCUAAUAAUGCACAUUGAGGAAUACUGAAACCACAUCCAAUGUAUAAAAUGUUUAAGAUUAAAAGGGAAGUGAUUGUA